GGCAGCGCGUCUGCAACAAUGCGCUACAAGCCUUUUCUGUUUCUUAUACAGAUCCUGACCUUUGGUUGGAUCACGCAUGCGUCAACAGAGGGUCAUAUCUGCUCAUCUUUUGACCUCAGCCAUGGCAAUCAUCGCAAGGACAGCGCCGUAAAGAUGAACGAAAAUCCCUGCUGUUUUCCGGAGCUACCUUCACUGGAACCGCCCAUCCUACCUGCUGACUUCCACGUCACCUUCCGGGGAACGUCAUCGACGGAGAACCUUAUAAAUUCGCCGGCUUGGUCCUGCAGCUCCAGUGGGCAAGGUGGCAGCGCGUCUGCAACAAUGCGCUACAAGCCUUUUCUGUUUCUUAUACAGAUCCUGACCUUUGGUUGGAUCACGCAUGCGUCAACAGAGGGUCAUAUCUGCUCAUCUUUUGACCUCAGCCAUGGCAAUCAUCGCAAGGACAGCGCCGUAAAGAUGAACGAAAAUCCCUGCUGUUUUCCGGAGCUACCUUCACUGGAACCGCCCAUCCUACCUGCUGACUUCCACGUCACCUUCCGGGGAACGUCAUCGACGGAGAACCUUAUAAAUUCGCCGGCUUGGUCCUGCAGCUCCAGUGGGCAAGGUGGCAGCGCGUCUGCAACAAUGCGCUACAAGCCUUUUCUGUUUCUUAUACAGGUUAGUUAUUUACCUGGAGAUAAAUCAUUUAAAAGUAAUAAUGUUUUUCUCGUGCUGCUACCUUGCCCACAAUGUUUAGAGCGUAUUGUUGUGAUUUGCCUGCACUUAUUGGAUUUAUUAUCCCUCUGCGGUGACGUUGAGUCGAAUCCUGGACCCAAGGGAUCUAGUGAGUCUGUGCGUGGCAAAGAAUCAUCAUCAGAAAACUUAAGUGAUCGCAGCCUACUUCUCGAGGUACUCGCGGGCCAAAAAGAGCUGAUGAAGCGAAUGGACAAAUUUGACAGUUCACAGAAAGACAUAACAAACACAUUAGCUCAAUUUAAAGAUCGACUAGAAUCAUUGGAAUGUGGUUUAGAAAUCUAUCAGUAUGCCAAACCAAGGUUGCUGCUGUUGAGUUGCACGUAAGCACGAUGAAAAGCGCCAUUACUUCCAUAGCAGAAAAAGUAGAUGACCUUGAAAAUCGAAGUCGGAGGAACAACAUUAUCAUUCAUGGUGUCUCUGAACCUCAAGAUGAAACACUGCCAUCGCUUACUUCACGCAUAACUGAUGACUUCU